AUGAAUCAUUCUUCGAACGACACGCAGGCUGUGAAGCUCACAGGUGAAGAAGUCGCAAAGCAUAACACUCGCGAAGACUGCUGGGUCAUUAUCAAUGGCAGAGCAUACGAUGUAACCGAAUUCAUGCCAGAGCAUCCUGGUGGCCCCAAGAUCAUCCUCAAGUACGCUGGAAAGGAUGGCACGGAAGAGUACGCACCAAUUCAUCCUCCCGACACUCUGGACAAGUACUUGGACAAGAGCAAGCAUCUCGGUGAGGUAGACAUGUCUACGGUUCAGCAAGAAGAGAAGAAGGAGGAUCCAGAUGAGGCAGAGAGGCAGGAGAGGAUCCAGCGCAUGCCGAUUCUAGAGCAAUGCUACAACCUAAUGGACUUCGAGGCUGUUGCGAGGAGGGUGAUGAAGAAGACUGCUUGGGCGUACUACUCGUCUGGCGCAGAUGAUGAGAUCACAAUGAGAGAAAACCACUCAGCGUACCACAAGAUCUGGUUCCGACCACGAGUACUCGUCAACGUCGAAAGCAUCGACACCUCAACAACCAUGCUCGGCACCAAAGUCUCGAUCCCUUUCUACGUCACGGCAACAGCUCUAGGCAAACUUGGAAACCCGGAAGGCGAGGUGGUCCUCACCCGAGGUGCGAAGAAACACAAUGUCAUCCAAAUGAUUCCAACACUGGCUUCUUGCUCCUUUGAUGAGAUCGUAGACGCGAAGGAAGGCGACCAAGUCCAAUGGCUGCAGCUUUACGUCAACAAGGACCGCGCAAUCACGAAGAAGAUCAUCGAACAUGCGGAGAAGCGCGGUUGCAAGGGUCUCUUCAUUACAGUCGACGCACCUCAGCUCGGACGACGAGAGAAGGAUAUGCGCUCGAAGUUUAGCGAUGUCGGGUCUAAUGUGCAGAAUACUGGAGGCGAUAACGUGGAUCGAUCGCAGGGUGCUGCCAGGGCUAUUUCAUCUUUCAUUGAUCCUUCGCUCAGCUGGAAGGAUAUCCCAUGGUUCUUGUCUGUGACGAAGAUGCCGAUCCUGCUCAAGGGUGUGCAGAGGGUGGAGGACGUCAUUCAAGCUAUCGCGGCUGGUGUGCACGGAGUCGUGCUGUCGAAUCAUGGUGGCCGACAACUUGACUUUGCACGAUCUGGUAUUGAGGUUCUGGCUGAGGUUAUGCCUGAGCUCCGACGACUUGGUCUGGACAAGAAGAUCGAGAUCUAUGUCGAUGGUGGUGUCAGGCGCGCAACAGACAUUAUCAAGGCGCUAUGCUUGGGUGCCACGGGUGUUGGUAUUGGCAGGCCGUUCUUGUACGCCAUGUCUGCAUAUGGUCUGCCUGGUGUGGAUCGUGCGAUGCAGUUGUUGAAGGACGAGAUGGAGAUGAAUAUGAGGCUGAUCGGAUGCUCGAGCGUCGAUGAACUUGGUCCGGAUCUCGUUGAUACACGGGGUCUGAGCAUGCAUACAACCACGAUAACUGACACGCUCGGCUUGAAUGUGUAUGAUCCACUGGUUGGGCCGCAAGAGAAGGCAAGGCUGUAG